CACCCAAAUCUCUCGGAUUAACUGGUUUGACAGGCAGACUAACGCUACCGAGAAAGCGGUUAUGGUCUGCUUUGUCACUCCCUGAGCCGACCAAACCAGCGCCUGUGCCCCAAAUCGCAAUCAGCCGCCGCCGCCGCCGCCGCCGCCGAUGCAUCCGGCGUCCGCCGAGGUAACCACUGGUGGAUAUUGACGACCAGCGGUUGGGAGGCCGAGUCCGGCGUCUGGCUCGAGAAGGACUCCGCUGGGAAGCUCAGGCGGCGAGCGGCAACCGCAGGUGCACAACGGCCAGCUUCUCUCCUGCUAGUUCCAAAGCAGCUGCGCGUGGGCGGCACACCCGGAUGCAACGAAUCCACCCUACUGCACAACUGCGCUUUCUUGCUUCGGGCGGGAAUCGGUUCGUUCUCUGUUCGAUUUCCCCCAAGGCCCCAACUAGCAGCUGCUCCUCAGUCUCAAACCCUCGUCCUUAUUCAGUGUAUCGUCCAUGGGGCGCAAGAUCCAGGGCCCUCAAAAUUAUGAAAUAAAGUACGCAUGCUCACCAGGACAUGUUCGGAAAUAUUUGAAGCAACUUAGUCCUCAGCAGAAAGAUUAUGUCAGAAAAAUCGGGUUUGGGAGCUUCCUGUCCAUGGCAGAUUUUGAGUUAGAUAACGGUCUUACCCUAUGGUUAUUUCAACGGUUUGAUUGUAUAACAGAGUGUCUUGAAUUUGAGGGUGGCAUAUCAAUUCCGGUGAGGCCUCUUGUGAAAAGUGUGCUUGGAAUCCCUUCGGGGCCGCUUAAAGUUGUUGAGUGUUCACGUUCAUAUUUUGACCCUGCUGUGUACCAUCGUUAUUACGUUGGCAAUGUUGAUUCAAGAUGUCGAAGAGACACUAUUGAAAAGGCGAGUAAGUCCAUGCACAAAGCUGGGGAACAGAUCUGCUCUGAAACUGAGGAGAAACAUUUCUGCAUAGCUUUCAUGAUGGCGAUUAUAGCGCUGUAUCUAGCACCAAAUAAAAUUUCGUAUACAUGCAAGCCCUUUUUUGGAGCUGUUCAACAGGUUGAUAAGCUCACUCAGAUGGAUUGGUGCGAUUUUACUGCUACCUACCUCUUUGAAGGAAUCAGGGAAUUCAAAGAAGAUAAUUGGCCACGCAUCAAAGUAAAGGGCUGUGUCCACAUACUAAGUGUCAUAUUCAUUGAUUUGGUAAAAAACGCUGCAUUAAAAAUACCAGGAGGUUUUCCACGAAUUUGCUUUGUCACUACUCUACAUCAAAGUUUGGUAAAUUCGUGUUAUCCUCAGGUGCAUCGCCUAGAAGAAUCGGUUUAUGCUUCUGUCCUUGAUAAAAUACCAAAAAUUCGCUUCACAUUUGUUAAUCGAAAAAGAUAUUUCGUUGAACACCAAAAGUAUCAGUCUAUAAGAAUAGGCAGAAAAUGUGCUGACUCUGAUGCAAAUACUGAUGCUGGAGCUUAUCAGUUCGGUAAAACUGUGGAAGAUACCACAUGCAACAGUACCAAGUUGAUGGAAACACACCAGAGGUACCGAUCAGUUUUGUACUACUCACGAGCCACAAGAUCUCAUAAGGAGCCAGAAGAUCCUCUCGAGUAUGGCAGAUCUAUUCUUGGGGCAUCUCAGAAGAAGCAUCCCGUUUCAGCAGAGCUUGACACUGCCAUAUCAUCUCCUAAUACAUUAAGCUUGGCCAUUGUUGAACCUCCUGAAUUGGACACCUCAACUCCGUCAGCAGAACCUGCAUCUCACGAAGACAGUCACACCAGACAGGAAAGUUUGAUUACCGCCGCUAAUGCUGAUAGUACACAUCAUCACUCCGUGGAGCAAGAACACAUAAAUUUUCCGAGUGAUGGCCAGCAAUUGCGGUCCAACGGGCCUUCUUCUGAAUCUUAUGCUGCCCAAAAUGCCGAGGGGGUGCAAAUUGCUCUGGACGUCUCCCUAAGAAGGAACAGGGCUUCUUCGUCAACGAUGGAAGAGGGUGAUCGGAGAGCGAAGAAGGCAAGGGCGGAGCAACCGAGUGACCAAGUAGAGCCAGCUGGAGGAGGUGCCAUUGUGGACACGAGUUUACUCAACUGCCCCCUCUGCUCCCGUCCCUUCAAACCUCCUGUCUUACAGUGCAAAGGUGGGCACUUGGCUUGCGGCUCCUGCAUUACCGAGCUCCCUGGCAUCCAGUGCCAGAAGUGCGAGCAUGGCGGCGCCUUUGACAUCCACAACAUCAUGAUGGACACCAUCGUCUUGUCUGCCAAGGUCAAGUGCUCGCAUGCCGACUGCCAGAGCUAUGUCAUCUACCAUGAGCUUCAUCACCACGAGAGUACAUGCCCGUGUGCUCCCUGUUUCUGCACCGAGCCUGGCUGCGGCUUUGUUGGACUUCCGUUGGCGCUCCUCAGCCACCUCACAACUCAACACUCCUGGCCCAUGCACAGCAUCGAGUAUGGCAAGGAACUCCGGCUUCAGGUGCCGGUGUUGGAGCCACGGCAUCUGCUCCUUGGGGAGGAGGAUGAUUGUGUGUUCCUCUUGGUCGUGGGAGCUGUUGGCCAGAGCACGGCCACCUCCGUGUCCGCGGUGCGCCUAGGAGCAUGCCCGGCCCUGCAACCACGAUACAUGCUCAAUAUUUUGGCAUACUUGCCACCGGCGGUGGCGAGCCGCAGGGCGCACAUGCUCCUGCUGGACAUGGAUGUGGAGAGCAGCACUAGGCCUGGCGAGGUCGCUGUGGAGGAGCUGCCAUCUUACUUGAUGGUGCCGCCAACGUAUCUGGUUGGGGCUGGGGCCUCCAAAGAGGUGUCUCUCAACAUUCGGAUCGAUAAGAUUAUAUCCUGACCUCAUAAUGAUGAUUCUAUUGUGCCUUCUUAAUUGAUGUAGAAUUUGUUGGAACUGGAGUAGCAUGUCGUUGCUAAGAAAUGAGUAUUUGUUUCAGGUAGUACUUCAAA